CUUCUCUAGAAGUGAAAUUGAAAUUGAAAUCCCUUUACCGGUGAGUGACUGCUAAUCCCCGCUCUCACUGUAUGGAGCCCUCUCCUCUCUUCACUGACGACCCCGCUCGCCGGCCGAAACGCCUGGAAGCCGGUAUAAUCUCUAGGAUCCAUCUCGAGAACUUCAUGUGUCACAGCAAUCUCGACAUUGAGUUCGGAGACUUGGUUAACUUCAUCACCGGUCAAAAUGGGAGUGGAAAGAGCGCAAUAUUAACGGCACUUUGUGUCGCAUUCGGCUGCCGAGCUCGUGGUACGCAGCGAGCGAAUACACUAAAGGAUUUUAUCAAAACUGGCUGCAGCUCUGCGCUUGUCCAAGUUGAGAUAAAGAAUCAAGGUGAAGAUGCUUUCAAGCAUGAACUGUAUGGAGACACCAUCACCGUGGAGCGUAGAAUCUCAGAAUCUGCUGGUGGCAGCAUCACAUUAAAAAACAGUCAAGGUAGAAAAAUUGGCUCCAAGAGAGAUGAUCUCCGUGAGAUUGUAGAAUACUUCAAUAUUGAUGUAGAGAAUCCAUGCACAACCAUGACACAAGACAAGAGUAGAGAAUUUCUGCAUUCAGGCAAUGACAAAGACAAGUUCAAGUUCUACUUCAAGGCAACACUUCUUCAACAAGUGGAUGACCUACUAAGCGGUAUUGACAAGCAGCUACAAGAUGCAAAUGGCCUAAUUAGUCAUUUGGAAGAUUCCUUAAGGCCGGCAAAGAAGGAACUUGAUGAAUUACAAGAAAAGAUAAAAAACAUGGAAAUUAUGGAGGAGAUGUCACAACAGGUGCAGCUAUUAAGAAAGAAACUAGCUUGGUCGUGGGUAUAUGAUGCUGAUAGAAAACUUGAUGUGCAACAUACGUUGAUUGAAAAGCUAAAAGGAAGGAUACCUAGCUGUCAAGCAAUGAUUGACCAGAAUCAUCACAAGAUGGAAAAAUUGAAUGAUCGAUUGGCAGCAAAGAAAGAUGAAAUAUCAAAUAUGAUGGAAAGAACAUCUGAAGUUAGAAGAUUGAAGGAGGAUCUACAGCAAAAUCUUUCUAUGGCUGUGAAGGAGCAGCUUGAGCUAACAGGGGAACAAGAGCGCAUAAAUAGGCAAAUUGAUAAUAUGGUUAAACAGGUCAGAUCACUCGAGAGGCAGAUCCAGGAAAUGCAUGAGCAGUAUCAGCAAAAUACACAGGUAACACACUUGCUGAGAUAUGAUAUACAUACCAAUUGGCCUUUUAAAACUGACAUAGGUGAAACAAACUAAUCCAAGGUCAUUGGUGUUACUUUGAGUCUUGAGAUGUGCAUUGAUGUUAUUUACCGUGGGAAUCUAAUACAGAUUACUCCAUAAGUGCAGUUUCUCCCAAUGCCAAUAUAAUUUAAGAGUUCAAAAGUGCUCCUACAUUACCCCAAAUGAUUAAUUAUAUGUUCCAAUACAAUUUUCUUUUACAAUUUUUUUAGAAAUUAAGUAUUUUCUAAUU